AUGCCUCCUCCCUACAACGUGUACCUCAACGCCUUGACUCAGCACGACGUUGUCUUCCAGUCCUUCAAGCGUCAGCGUGAAUACGAGGAAGCCCAGAGGCAGAAGGCCAAGAGAAAGGAGGCGCGCAAGAUGAAGAAGGCUCUCAAGAAGCUGAAGAAGAUGUAUAUCGAGAAGGCCUGGGACGAAGCUGCCGAGGAGCAAGCUGCCAUUGAGGCUGAGAAGGAAGCUGCCAAAAAGAGAAAGGCGAGCAAUUAA